GGAUAGAUGACGUCAUCGGUUGCUAAGAGGAAUCCAACAUGCGAGCUGUCAAGCUAGCGGCCUCAUUUCUCUCCUGCCUUGUCCCGUGACCGAGAACCAUUACCGAGACAGCCGCCUUGCAGUUCUACAGACGGGACGUGCGUUCCUUUAAGACGACGUGCUCUUCUUUCUGCCUGCCAUUGCUUCUGGGCUGCCGCUGACGUCAUCAACCGGGCCUUUGGCGCGGAGUGAUCCGCCCUCCUCAGCCCCCCGAGUUCCAGGAGGUGAAGCGGCUGUGGCGGAGUGUCACUGAGCAGAAAUUAUUCUGUGUGGUGGAGAGGGUGGGUACGGAUUGACGAAAAGAAGUCCGCCGGAGAGAACCGUGAGCUCCAGUCAGCUGCCAGCCAGAUUCCAGCACUCCACUGUUAAGAAGGUCAGAUGUCUACAGACGUAACUGGUGAAUUGUGUAGCAGCUGCUUUCCUUCAGUGUCCAGGAUUAUCUUCUUUCAUUGGUUCCAGGGGCAGACUUAGGUCGGUCUUAUACACGGCGGUUCUUGGCUAGGAAAUUGAAGCCUUGGGCUGCACGAGAAAGCAAUUACAGAAAGCUGCUGACCAUGCGUUAGGAUUCUGGGGACUGCCACCUUUUUGGAUUAUAACAUUUAUUGUGGAUUGUAAAAGGGAAAGAAAGUGACAAUGGGGAGGAAGAAAAUACAGAUUACGCGGAUAAUGGAUGAACGGAACAGACAGGUCACAUUUACCAAGAGGAAGUUUGGAUUAAUGAAGAAGGCCUACGAACUCAGUGUACUAUGUGACUGUGAAAUUGCACUGAUAAUUUUUAAUGGCUCUAACAAACUGUUUCAGUAUGCGAGCACUGACAUGGAUAAAGUCCUCCUCAAGUACACAGAAUACAAUGAACCGCAUGAGAGCAGAACCAACUCUGACAUUGUGGAGACUCUCAAAAAGAAAGGCUUAGAUGGUUGUGAGAGCCCAGAUGCUGAGAGAUACUUUGAGGAGGAGACAUUCAGCAAACUAAAUGAAGAUAGUGAUUUUGUUUUCAAGCGAGACCCUGCACUGAACAAGAAGGAACACCGAGGGUGCGACAGCCCGGACCCAGACAGCUCUUAUGUCCUCACACCCCACACGGAGGAAAAGUACAAAAAAAUAAACGAGGAAUUUGAUAAUAUGAUGCGCAAUCAUAAAAUCUCUCCUGGAUUACCGCAGCAGAAUUUCGCCAUGUCUGUGACUGUCCCAGUGAGCAAUCCCAACCAAUUACCCUACAGUUCUCCUGGCAACACACUUGUCACUGCUUCAUUAGUUGCCAGCACCACAUUGACUGACACGGGCAUGCUGUCCCCACCGCAGACAUCGCUGCAUCGAAAUGUGGUUUCUCCAGGAGUGUCACAGAGGCCCCCAAGCACUGGAAAUGCAGGUGUAAUGCUGUGUGCAUCUGACAUCUCUGUGCCAAAUGGUGCUGGUGGCAGUCCAGUAGGUAAUGGGUUUGUCAACCCUAGAGCUUCUCCAAGCCUUCUAGGACCAUCUGGUGGCAAUGGACUGGGAAAAGUAAUGCCCACAAAGUCUCCACCUCCUCCAGGGGGCAAUUUGGGAAUGAACAGCAGAAAGCCUGACUUACGUGUAGUCAUACCUCCUUCCAGCAAAGGAAUGAUGCCCCCUCUGACAGAAGAAGAUGAAUUAGACUUGAAUACUCACAGGAUAAGUAGCUCCCAGUCUACACAGUCACUUGCUACUCCAAUUGUCUCUGUGACUACUCCUAGUUUGGCCACACAAGGCCUGGUGUACUCUGCCAUGCCAACUACCUACAAUACAGAUUAUUCUCUCACCAGUGCAGACCUGUCUGUUCUUCAAGGGUUUAACUCCCCAGGAAUGCUGCCUAUUGGACAGGUGUCUGCCUGGCAGCAGCACCACUUAGGACAAACAGCCCUCAGCUCUCUUGUGGCCGGGGGGCAGUUAUCUCAGGGUUCAAACUUAUCCUCGAUCAAUACCAACCAAAAUAUCAACAUUAAGUCAGAGCCAAUAUCCCCUCCCCGUGACAGAGUCACAUCAUCUGGGUUCACUCAGCAGCAACAGCAGCAGCAACAUCAUCAACACCAGACCCGUCCAGAAAUGGGGCGAUCACCCGUGGACAGCCUAAGCAGCUCCAGCAGCUCGUAUGAUGGAAGUGACCGGGAAGACGUCAGGAACGAUUUCCACUCCCCUGUGGGUAUGGGGCGGAAUUCCAAUAAUGAGGACAGGGACAGUCCCUCCAUGAAGCGCAUGAGAAUGGAUGCCUGGGUGACAUAGAGAUAGCUUUCCUCCUUCUGUGGCAGAGUCCCCAGCAUAUCACAAAACUUUUCCAGAAGAUGCAGAACCCUUAUAUAUAAGCAAAUCUAUAUAUAUAUAAAUAUAGAGAGAAAGAAGCAUGUCACACACGCACAAGGGACAUCUUUUGUGUGUUUCUGUGAGCUCGCUUGAGUUUCUCACAAAUCAAUCAGGUACCUGCUGCAAUGACUGUACACAGACCUACAACUUUAUCUGGCAAUGUGGCACGUGGAGUUUGAAAAAAAAAAAUCCUUUUCUGGAGAAAAAAAUAAAACUUGUGUGUCUAGUACUGUAUCACAUUAAGACUGCAAAAGUAAAGGGGUGUUAGACAGGGUUGGGGGUAGUGAGAUGCUUCUCCCUGUAGUGCAGUGCCGUGUUUUAAGACCCUUUACCGCCUCAGCCGAAUCGCUUAUUAAACGGGGUUCGGAAGAAAUAAUAUUACUAGCAAAGCAGUUUUGUGUUUUUGGCCCAGAUGAGUUAAAGACGUGGCUUUGUAGCAGGAAUGAAAAGCAGGAAACGAAAGAAAGCAAUACUGUAUAUGACAAUGUUUUCCCCCUCUCACAACCAUGCCUAGAUCCCCCUCACAAAAGGAGUUCAUGAAGGGCUUAAGCCACACAGUCUAUUUUUGCACGUGCAACACAAAAAGCAAACGUACCAGGAAGGAAAAUGGGGGUUCAACUUCUAAAGUGUGUGACUUACAGAAUAAAUGGAUAUGGGGGGGGAGGGACAAGCAUGAGAAUUUUUUUUAAAGAUCUAUACGCCUACUGAGGCAUUAAAAAGUAAUAUAUUAAGUUAUAAUUGGGAUAUGUUUCAGAGCAUUUCUUUUUACAUUCAUACCUUGAAGAACAGAUAGAUAAGUGAUUUUAGCUUGUAUAUUUUAUAUUA